AUGCAACCGCCAAGUCCGACAAGGAAACCUCGCAAGAAGUGUAGCCCUCGAAACACCAUGAUCGUAACAGUGAUAAAGGCCCUCAAAGAUCUUAAGGGUACCUCACUCCAGGACAUCAAAAAGUAUACGGCCAUGAAGGCCGUCGAGACCGCUCAACUGAUUCGGGUGAAGGGUGUCGGACCUCGCGGUUCUUCAAGCUGGAGAAAGGUGAAGAAAACCGUUGAGAAGAAGAAAAUAGAUUCCAAGCUACCAGAGAUCUUAGUUUCACCGGGUGCUUCCGCCAAACAGAAACCUUUCAAGCCAUCGAAAUCGGCGGCAAUGAAAAAGAACCAAUGCCAGCUAAUACGGAAAAUUAAACGGUUUAGAAAAAGUCUACAAAACUGGUAA